CCCCAGAGAAACCACUCAUAUAAAUCUCUGUCUCAUCAUCAGUGAACACCUCUCACUUUUCCUGGGCAGUGUCACCAUGUCUGAUUUGGAAGAUCAUGGAGGGCAUCAGGAGGAAGACGACGAGGAGCAGGGAGAGGGAGAAGAACGCCCCAAAUACAAGCCACAGGUCACACAGCUUGCUGCCCCUAAAAUCCCUGAAGGGGAGAGGGUUGACUUUGACGAUAUCCACAGGAAAAGGAUGGAGAAAGAUCUUCUGGAGCUGCAGACUCUGAUCGAUGUUCACUUUGAGCAGAGGAAGAAAGAGGAACAGGAGCUGAUCGGACUCAAAGACAGGAUUGAGAGCCGGCGGGCAGAAAGAGCCGAGCAGCAGCGAGUGAGGGCAGAAAAAGAGCGAGACAGACAAACGCGGAUUGCGGAGGAGAGGCAGAGGAAGGAGGAUGAAGAGGCUAAAAAGAGGGCUGAGGAUGAGGCCAAGAAGAAGAAAGUGCUCUCCAACAUGGGCGCUCACUUCGGAGGGUUCCUGGCCAAGGUAGAGCAGAGGCGUGGAAAAAGGCAAACUGCGAGGGAAAUCAAGAAGAAGACUCUGGCGGAGAGACGCAAACCACUGGGUAUUGAGAUGCUGAGAGAGGACGGUCUGAGAGAGAGAGCAAAGGAGAUGUGGGAAUGCAUCUACCAUCUGGAGUCAGAGAAAUUUGACCUCACUGAGAAAAUGAGAAGGCAGAAGUAUGAGAUAAAUGUUCUCCUCAACAGAAUCCAGCAUGCUCAGAAAUUCAAAAAGGUCCAUGGCAAGGGGAAAGUUGGAGGACGCUGGAAGUGACCUUACACGGGAGGCACAAAGAAACAAGAGGGCCGUUCGCUAGGAUGAGCUUGCAGUGUUCAUCAGUUAAGCUAAGAC